AUGAAGCCCCCCAACCUUGCCCCCAUCCCCAGUCGCACGGACGGGAGUGUUAAGCAGAUGGAGUUACACAGGAUAGCUUGUGUCUCACAGCUUCCUGGAUGCCCAAGUCGCCCCCGGCGGGACGUCCCGCUGCCCGAGUCGCCCCCGGCUGCUCCCGGCGGGACGUCCCGUUCCCCGAGUCUCCCCCGGCUGCUCCCGGCGGGACGUCCCGUUCCCCGAGUCUCCCCCGGCGGGACGUCCCGCUGCCCGAGUCGCCCCCGGCUGCUCCCGGCGGGACGUCCCGUUCCCCGAGUCUCCCCCGGCGGGACGUCCCGCUGCCCGAGUCGCCCCCGGCUGCUCCCGGCGGGACGUCCCGUUCCCCGAGUCUCCCCCGGCGGGACGUCCCGCUGCCCGAGUCGCCCCCGGCUGCUCCCGGCGGGACGUCCCGUUCCCCGAGUCUCCCCCGGCGGGACGUCCCGCUGCCCGAGUCGCCCCCGGCUGCUCCCGGCGGGACGUCCCGUUCCCCGAGUCUCCCCCGGCGGGACGUCCCGCUGCCCGAGUCGCCCCCGGCUGCUCCCGGCGGGACGUCCCGUUCCCCGAGUCUCCCCCGGCGGGACGUCCCGCUGCCCGAGUCGCCCCCGGCUGCUCCCGGCGGGACGUCCCGUUCCCCGAGUCUCCCCCGGCGGGACGUCCGGCAGCCAGCGGCCCGGCGCCGACAACAGGAAGCGGAAGGGCUGCGGGGAGGCGGAGCGGGGGAACAGCCGGCAGCUGCACGCCUGCCCGGGGAUGGAGGCCGGAGACACCGCGGAGCUGGGAGGACCGGCCCCGACCCUGGGAGGACCAGGACCGACCGCGGGAGGACCGGCCCCGACCCUGGGAGGACCAGGACCGACCGCGGGAGGACCGGCCCCGACCCCCGGCGCGGAGCCCGGCUCCCAGCCGACCGGACUGUGCACCAGCCCGGGGGCCGGCGGCCGGGAGCCGUGCACCAGCCCGGGGCCGUGCACAGACCCGGAAGAUGCAGCGGCGUCCGACGGGCUGGAAGGGACGGGGCCGUGCGCGGUCCCGGGAGGGAGAGGACUGUGCGCGGUCCCGGGAGGGAGAGGACUGUGCGCGGUCCCGGGAGGCGCGCGACCCGGCGCGAGCCCGGCUGCGGUGCGCGCGCCGCAACAACCCGCCGCUGUGAAAAGGAAGGUCUCGCUGUCGGGGUGUGAAGCGUGCGGGACUGCGGAGGCCAAGUACAGGUGCCCUCGGUGCAUGACCUACUCCUGCAGUUUGCUCUGUGUGAAGAAGCAUAAAGCGGAGAGUGGGUGCAGCGGCAUUCGGGAUAAAACGGCCUUCCAGUCGCUCAGCGAUUUCACGGAGAUGCAGCUACUCAGCGAUUACAGGUUCCUCGAGGACACUGGGAGACUGGCGGACAGCGCGCAUCGAGACACGUUUGUUCACCAACCAACGUCCAGUAAAGCUCUGAACUUCAUGAAAAACCGUGCUCGAAGGUGUAACAUGAACCUGAAACUGUUACCCAUUGGGUUCACCAGACGAAGGGAGAAUUCAACGUUCUACCACAAGAGGGAGCAGAUGUUUUAUUGGCACGUGAAGCUGGUGUUUCCUCAGAGCUGUGCGGCAUACACAGAGAGGAGGGUGGCUGAUAAGAAGACAGUGGAAGAACUACUGAGGAAGUACAUCGACCCGCAGGAAUCCGACCCAGUCAUUCGACAGAAGCUAAAGGUUUAUGCCCGGACCCCUCUCGACCAAGUGUGCAUCUUUCUGAAGGUGGAAGAUCGAAAGUGCAACUCCCUCAGGUAUCACAAGCUGGAUUUAAGUCAAACGCUUGCAGAGAACCUGAGGCAGAAGACAAUUAUUGAAUAUCCCACAUUAUUCGUGGUGUUGAAGGAGAAUUCUUCUGAGUAUAAGUUACUCUGCGAUGAUAACUCGGAUGAGGAUUCUCGGAAUGGUACAGACUCCUCGACAGAGAAUGGAAGAGAAGAAGGGGAAGUCAGAGAUGGCUCCUGAGUAAAUCUGAAUCGCACCCAACAUACGGCACUCUGACUUGAAUCAGUGUUGGGUGGGACCAGAUGCAGUUGCUUACCCACUGGGACUGUGUUGACAGCACAUUCACAAGUGUUAUCUUUUUUAGAAGAUCUCAAAUAAAUUUCCUAAAUAAU